AUGGCCACCCUCGAGCAGAUCGCGGCCCAGCUGGUGACCUUGAGGAAUGAGUUGAAUGAGAGUCGAAGGAGAGAAGAGGACUUGAACAACAGGCUUCAAGCGGUUCAGAGCACAGGGGCUAUGCAGGCAGCUUUGCAGGAGAUGGUCAACACGCAGAAGGCCAUCCUGGAAGCGUCCAAGAAGCCAGAUAAGAAGUUGACUCUGGUGGACAACCGCGGUUUGGCAAAGCCAAGCAACUUUGAUGGUAACUCGGAUUUCCUCCAAUGGAAGAUCCGGUUGGAAGCUUUUGUUGAGUCCGUUCACGGUGACUUCGGCCAAGCGAUGGCUUGGGCAGAAGACGAAACAGAUCCAAUCAGCAACGCAUCCAUGAAUGCCGAGUUUGGUGAGACUACUCCGGCACAGGAGACAAUACCAGACCUGGAAUCAAAAGAUGCACAACUUUACGCUGUUCUCCAGACCCUUUGCGAGAAAGAGGCGUUCACGCUCGUGAGAAGCGCAGGCAAAGGUAAAGGCUUAGAGGCUUGGAGGCGACUGUGCAAGCGGUUCGAUCCUUCGACUGGAGGUCGUCGGAGGGCACUGCUUCGUUCGGUGCUGAGUCCGAACCGUUGCAACAAGGUUGAGGAGUUGAGCGCAGCUGUCGAGAACUGGGAAGACCAGGUUCGACAAUACGAGAAUCGGCGAAAGGCUGAUGGCUCGAGACCAACUUUGGAUGAGGACAUUAAGAUCUCCAUCUUGGAGUCUAUUUGUCCGGUUGAGGUUGAACGACAUCUUCAACUCAACCAAGCACGCUUUGCAGACUAUCUUGAAGUCCGGAAGGAACUCUCCACGUAUUUGGAGACGCGCAUUGGACUGAAGCUCAAGUCCGGUGGCGGUCAUUCCAGUUCGGACUACAAUGGGCCACAGCCCAUGGACAUAGGUAAAGGAGGCAGCAAAGGAGGAGGCAAGAAAGGAGGAAAGAAAGGAAGCGGAAAAGGAAAAGGCAAAGGAGGAAAAGCCAUAGGAAGUGUCGAGGCUGAGAAGGAACCAGAAGGUGAGGAGCAGGCUGGAUCGUGGGACGCCGCCGGUUGGGACGAAGGGGACUCGGGUUGGUACGGCGACUGGACCGAAGACCCGGGCUCAAACCCAGAAGGCAAUUCGUUGGUGUUGGGAGCACUCCAUCGCACCCGAUCCAAUAUGGGUAGCAAGCGACCAGCUUCAAAGAAAGAGGAGUCGAAGGAGGCUCAAAAGAAGCCUUCCUACGACAAGGUUCACCUCGGCAUGGACCUUGCGGCCGCCAUGAAGCGAGUCACGUCCGCAGACUUCGGCCGCACGGUGGCCGAAGGCCAAGGCAAAUCCUCGGUUGCUGACUCCGGAGCUGGAUCCUCUGGGGAUCGGUCAGUCGACGUGAUGAUGCGACUGAUCGAGGAGAACUAUAAGCUGCGUGAUCAGCUCAAGCGCCAGGAAGAGAAGGAGACCCGUGGGCGUUCGCGUUCGCCGAAACGCGGACGGUCACCCAAGAAGGUCAAGCGCGAAUCCACUGAUGAGGAGGAGGGGCGCAUCAUCCGCGAGAACAAGCGCCGCGACAGGAGCAAAAGCAGGCAUCGCGAGCGCAGCGCAAGCACCACUGAGAGCAGGAAGGAAUUCCUCAAGCUUGCAGACAAGACCACGUAUCCCAAGUCGGCACCGCCGAGGCGAGCACGCUCCACGAAGCCGGAGCGGAAAACGCCAAAGGGAAGCGUUGGUGACUUCAUCAAGCAGAAGGCCACGAGGAGCGAGGAGACUCCGACCGCUUCGGACGGAGGUCCUCAGAAGGCUUCGGACGGAACCUCUCCGAAGAAGCCAGACGCCGCCCUCGCGAGCCGGCGUAUCCUCCUGGGGUGA